AUGAACAAUAAAUUUAAUCAAAUAAUUCAAUCUGAUAUUAAUCUCAUUAAUAACUCUAUUGCUCUUACUAAUGAAUCAAUUGAUAUAGGAAAAAAUGGGAUUAGUCAAUUAAAGCAACAAAAUCAACAUUUAAAAAGAAUCAAUAAAGACCUUAUUACAAUCGAUUCAGAACAACAAGAGACAAAGAAACAUCUCUAUAAAAUCAAAUGGUUUUUACCAUCUCUUAGAGAGUUAUUUAGAAAAAAUAACCGACGUUAUUCUAAAAAAAGACUUAAUGAUAUUCAAAAAAGAGUUGAAAAAGAUUAUAACAAUCAAGAAAAAAAAGAAGAGAAGUUAACCCAAAAACAAAACCAACAACAAAAAAAAGAAAAAAACGAAAGAAGAAGAAAAACAAAGAUGAACAAACAAGAAAAACAAGAAGAAGUUUGUAUAAAACAAAAAAUUCACCAAAAUACAGUAGAUAAAGAAUUAAAUGAGAAAAUGAAUAUUUUAGAGAACCAUGUCAAUGAAAUGAAAGAAUUGUCAAAUCAAUUAAAUGAAGAAAUCAAAAUAAGUUCACAACAACUAGAAGUUCAUUCUAAAAUGAUUGAACAUCAAAAUGAAAUAAUGGAAAAAAAUUCAAAAAAAGUUAAAUCAUUAAUAAAUUAA